UCUGAUUGGUCCCAGUUGCGAGCAUUGAGACGGCCGUUACACUUCUUCACCUCUGAUCAUAUCCCCUGUCUUUGCCGCUGUGAAUAACGCUGCAGACGGCGCGGAGUUCGUGGAGCAGGACAAAGCCGCGGUGAGAACGGGAGGAUCCAGUAUGUCGACAUCCUCCGUGGUCGCAUGCGAAACGUCAAUCGUCACACACGAUCCGCUCUUGACUCAGCCUAAACAACGGAGGAAGGAUUUCUACUAGACAUGGCUGCAUCCGCUCUACUCUUGCCCGCUCAGACACCACCCACCUAUCAUAGGAUUGUCUCCCCAACACUCACGAUCCCGGAUGAUCCAGCGACAUCCAUCCCCGUCGGACUGCUCGCAUGUCAACGUGAUCCGCUGUUGCGGCAGCUCCAGACCACCAUCGUGAGCGCCCGGAUUGCGCAGGCAUUAGACAGCGUAGGCAAGAAGAAGGGCAAGAAAUUGAAUGCAAUUGCAGCGACCGAUCUGCUCCUGGAAUUAGUCUUGCAUGACACCGUGCUCUUCCCCGAAGGCGGAGGGCAGCCCUCGGAUGUCGGCGUGAUCACGACGAGCGACGGAAGGACCUGGGAGGUCGUGGAGGCCAAGCGGCACGGAGGCCAUUCUGUGAACUAUGUCAAGAUUGUGAAUGUAGAUUCUGACGUCCCUGCUUUCGGGAUUGGUUCUAUGGUCACCGUAGCCCUUGGUGAACAAGGCUACAACAGACGUUUAGAUCACAUGUGCAUGCACACCUCGCAGCACCUUCUAUCGGCGCUCCUUGAGACACGUCUCAACCUGUCAACACUGUCGUGGUCGUUGACUGCCUAUCCAACGCCUUCCUACGUUGAAGUCCCUCGCGGGAUGACUGCCGAGGAAAUUGCGGCUAUUCAGCAGGAGGCCAACAAACUCGUGUUCGAAGGCCGGCAGGUGCACGUCGAGGUGGAAGAGCUCGUCAGAGAAGAUCUUCCCGAUGUGGUACGACUGGAGUCAGGGCGCGCAGUGGGGAAGGCUCUCCCAGACGAUUACACGGGUGGCGUCAAGCGCACCGUAGUCAUUGACGGGGUUGAUCGUAACCCGUGUUGCGGCACGCACAUGCCAUCGCUUCACAAUCUGCAACUUUUCCUGGUCCCGCAUACGGAGGCGCUUUCCCGUUCAAGCACCACAUCGGCGCGGCUGUACUUCAUGGCCGGACCACGGUUAAUUGCUCAUCUGACCACCACUCAUGCGCUCUUGGCCAGCGCUGCUAGCACGCUCAGCUGUGGUGCUCCACUGGUGCCACAGCGAUGUGCGCAGGUACUGGAAGAACGGCGCGCAUCUGACAAACGUGUGCAGGAACUGGAAACCGAGCUCGCUCGCAGCAUCGCGCAGGAUUUAGUGGACCAAUGGCAGGCACAAGAGGGUGCACUGGUACGCCAUGUACACAGGACGGAUGACUCGGCCAACGCGCUCGCAUUCCUGUCGGGCAUCUCGAUGGCGUUCGCCGAUCUCACCAAGGACGCCUCGACGCCAUAUCUAUUAGUGCUGUCGUCCUCGCCCUCUGCGCCAUCAACGGCGGGUACGAACACUGUCCUCGUGAUCGGAUCGGACGAAAAGAGGGUGAAAGAGGUUGGCGAAGCACUCAAGGCGAAGCUCUCGGUUAGAGGGGGAGGUAAGGGUAACCGGUGGAGCGGCAAGCUCGUGGGCGUCUGGAAGGCCUCGAGGGAAGGUGCUGUAAUCGACGAGGCUCUUGGUUUGACCCAAGCGUAAACGUACCGUAGACUCGACAGCAGUCGUUGCCUGCCAAUUGGUCAACGAAGAGGCGGCGUUAGAACACGCCGAGCGCCUUGCUUAGCCUUCUGUGCACGUAUAUUCGUCUAUUGAUCGAUUGAUUGGC